UGUAGGAUUUCCUUAUAGACAGACAUUGUGUCAGUACUGUCGUGGCUUUUACUUUACGCCCAUCUAACCCCUAUCUUUGUCCGUAGGUUAUCGUAUACAACAUUGUUGUCUCAAUGGCUAUUGUGUUUCGUAACCACGUCUUUCUUUAUGGACAAUUCUUCACCUUCCAUAUGUAUUUCUGAGCAUAAAAUACGCUACCUAUGCUGUUACUAUCACUCACAUUUCUAGAGCACCACGCCGAAUAGGUAAGCCUACACGCGAAGACACUGAUUAGUAUCAUCUGUAUGAUCGCGUGUAUUCUCUCGUAUUCCCCUUUAUUUUUUAUCUUUUAUCUUUUUUUCUAAACUUUCGGGGGGUUUUUUUCCCCGCCCAUCUCCUUCCUCCUCUUCUCUCACAUUGAAGAAGAAGAAGACGGGAAAAAUGGAUUCCCCGUCCACUUCUACUUCGCCCUCGACCCCCUCCUCCCUCCUCGACGUGCCGUCGCCGGCCGAGCGGCUCUGCGACCCGUGCUACCUCAUCCUCCACGCGGAGCGGCCGCCGGCGCCCACGGACCCGGCUGAUCGGACGCGCUGCGCUAAUUGCUUCGAGCUGGUGGGCCGCAUGGCCAUGGCUAGGGCUAGGCGCGAUAGCGUCGGUGGUAGCUGGGUCGAUGUGGAUGUCGGGGCUGGCGAUGGUGCUUUUGAUGAUGAUGAUGAUGGUUGGGCGGAUGGGGCGGAUGAGGUGGAUGAGGUGAGUGUGAGUGGGAGUGGGAGCGGGAGCGAGGCGUGGGAGGAGGAGAGCUCGUGUUAUUUCUCGUGUGCGGGUUCUGAUGUGGAUGGCGGGGAGGAGGAGGGGAAGGGGAAGGGGGUUGAUGGUAAGGAGAACAAGGAGAGUGAGAAGAGUGACGGAUGUGAGAAGAGUAAGGAGAGUGAUGGAAAUAAAGGGAAUGAUAAUAAGAAAGGAAGCAAGUGCUCGAAUCUCAAGAAGUUGAAGCCUCUCCCUAGUCCGGCGGUUUACGCAGCAAAGAUGAUGGCGCCGGAUGCUUUUGUCCGGGAUGAAGGUUUAGAUAAGGCGAAUGGAAGCGGAAAGGGAAAGGGGAAGAAGAGUGAGGGGGCCGACGCGGUGACUCCCUGGCUGUAGUUCGCGCGCGCUUUCAGUGCUCACCGGCCGUGGAGGGGGGCCAACUGGGGAGCCAGGGUCCAGCUUUGAGGCUGGACACUGUUAAAGGGGGCCGGAAUAGGUUGUCUGCCUACCUAAUCAGGUAAGUUGGGCGCUUGAGGGUAUACUUAGUGUUUCUGACGCUGUGAGUCCCAUUGGCUCUUUCUUUGAAGGUAACUGUGAUGCAUAUUGACUGCUAGGUUGAUUAGAUACUUGGGUCCAUACGAGGGCUG